UACACGUCAGCGUUUUUUAAUGAUUGUAGGGCCCAUGGUUUGGUUUGCUGAUUUAUUUUUCACGUUUUGAUUUCGGUUCUACUUUGUGUUGGUUCAACCAUUUGUUGCGUUUGGUUAAGGUAAGUUUUCUAAACACGGCGUUUUGUGCUUGAGAUUAGGAAUUAAUGGUUUUCAUUUUUCAUCUCUUCGACUUCGUCUUCUCCGCUGAUCUUUCACUCCAUAGACAAUGAAUCCUUCUCUCAACUCUCAGGCUCCUCUAUCAUUCAAUGUCUUUAUCUUAUCUAGCCAAUAAAUGUUAUUCUCAUUUAACCCAAAAAUUCUGCCGACCUCUCUAUUUCCAUCAUGCCAAACCUAUAAAUUGGAGAAAGUUGAGAGUUGGAGAAGACAAACCUCUGGUGAAUACUUUCUCAUAGGAUUCUCCGCUAUCUCAUUCGCCGAAGCCAAGGCGAAGAAAAGUGGAAUGGAGAUAGCAGGGCCGGUUGUAGCAUGCGUGGCCUAUCUAGCCUUCAAUAUACAGUGAAUGUUGUAAAGGACCUUGAACUCUUCGCUCAUCAUGCUGGACGCAAAAUUAUGAAUAUGGACGAUGUUAUUCUCUCCGCGCACAGAAACGAUAAUUUAGCUUCGUCUUUGAGGUCAUUGGACAAUGAGCUACAGGCAAAGGAGCCACAACCUGAGAGGAAACGCAAGAAAGUGUCAACCAAGAAAGAUGACAAAUCAAGUAGUAGCAAUGCUGUUUGCACCAACCGAUCUCUAAAUCUUCAGCUUCAUUGCAUACGUUCAAAAAGUUCUUAAAUAUCCUGAAAGUCUUUCUGUAAUUUUAUACAAGAAUUUUCAUUAACUCUCUUACUCUAAAAUCUUAAUAUAUAUAUUGUAUUAGGCCGCGUA